AUGCGACGAGCGCAGUUCUUUCUGGUAUUUCUCGCAUUGACCGCUGCAAGUCUGGCCCAAGUGCAAAAGAAAACUCAACUGAAUUCGAUUGUGGAGCGCGUAUUUGUACGCAAAAGCAGAGCCGUGCUGUUUCCACCGGGUUCUUUUCUGAAAUUUACCUGCAACUUGGGCACUGGACUGCUGGCCACAUAUCCGCGUGGCGUUAGUUUUGCCCUCGAGGAAGCUGUCUACUUUCCCGUUCCCGGUUCAGUAAAUGAUCUUUACCCCAAGCGAUAUCUGCCCAAAACGACUACAAAGAAGCCCGAGAAAUUGCCGGACUCUUAUGUGUUUAUACCCGAUUGGCGUUUCAAGGCGCAGACUUUGCCCAAGCCCAAGUGGCGGCCACCACCCCCUAAGACGCAUCGCAUCGAUGAUGGGAGCUAUGCGAAUCCAGCCAAGUGGCAGCAGUGGAGCGAAUAUGCCAAGCAGCAGGAACAAAAGUGGCAGAAACCAUACUGGAAAGAGUCGAAGUGGAUGACGCCGGCACCCAAGUGGAACCACAACACAGCAGCAGCCAAGUGGGAAAAGAAGCAGUGGUUCCAAGGCACUCCAGCAACCAAAUGGAGAGACCCACCCAGCCGCACAUGGCAGUCCCAUCAUUAUCAUGGUCACAGGGAUCGCAGAGAUCUGUUUGAACGCUUCAACCAACUGAGUUCGCUGUUUAAAAUGGAUCUCAAGUCCUGCAUAUUGCGCACCAUCUGUGACAGCAAACGUCUGCUGCUGCCGCCUGGAUAUUCCAUGUUACAGGAUAUGCUGCGAGUGGUUUUCACCAUGCCGCGUUUGGAUGGUGUGGAGGAUGAAUAUAGUCGCUUAAUGGAUCAAGAUGCCGAGGGCUGUGCUGCUGAUUUAAAGACUAAAUGCAAUAUGAACUUGUUGAUUUGGCUGCUAAGCGGUAGAAAGGAAUAA